AAUUUUGAACAUUUUGAAUGUUCAGAUAAAUAAAUUUCGUAACUAAGAGAUGAUGAUAAUAAAAUAAAAAUUAAGUCAAUAUGAAUACAGCAAAUGUGACGGCCAAUAGUAUCGUCAAUGUUGGUGCUGUUGGUGCAACACAACCACCAUUAACAGCCAAUAUAACGACGAUAAAAACGCAUCAACCUACCGCACUUUUACAUCAACCAAAUACCAUUUCAUUACCAGCCACAAUUAUUACAGCGGCCACAAAUGAAACAACAUCAAGGCUCAAUAAUACAUCAACAUCGAAUCAAACACCACCGACUCAACAACAACCAACAUCGGCAACAGUAACAUCAAAUCAUGGUAUUCAAAUUCAAACUGUAAAUGCUGUAGCAAAUACAACAUCUAUAAUGCAUCCGGUGACAAUCACAGGUGUUACAACCGCUGGUCCAUCAUCGGUAGUUUGUACGGCAACCAUUUUACCUACUGGAGCCACAGUUAGUACCGCUGGCGGUCAUCCACAAGUUACCGCAAUUCCUGUUGGACCGAAUACUGUUCUAAAAGCUCAACCUACCAUGACCACAAUACCAAUUGGACAAAGAUUUCAAGCUACUAAUGUUGCCAUUGGUACUUCCGCUGGUCCACCACCACCCACUGGUACACCAAUUAAUGCUUUAUUCAUUCAUCAAGACCCAGUUACUGCACAGAAGAAUCUUUUGAAUAGUUCUGCUCAUACGAAUAUGGUAACGACAUCGAAUCAUCCUCAUCAGCAAUCACAUGCAACCAUUCAACAGAAUUCAACUACGACAGCGACUGUAAUCAAUACAAGUAAUGUUUCAGUGACCGGUGUGCCUGGUACAACAACGGUUACUUUGCAGCCAAUUUCAUCACAUUCAAACAGUCAACAACAUCAUACGACUGCGCCCAUAUUUGUCCAAACUGGUCCAAAUACUAAUCCAAAUUCGAAUACAGCAACGCCGAAUAGUGCCAUUUUCCAUCAAAUAGGUCAACAUCAUCCAAAUUCGUCAUCACAACCUACACCGUCAUCUCAACCACAACAACCAACAAAUCUAUCGACGAUUAAUUUAUCUACCUCUUCAGUGCAACCUUCGUCUCAGCCAUCGGCAACAACGCCAUCCCAAUCGGCACCGCAACAAUUUCAGAGAUUGAAAGUUGAAGAUGCACUUUCCUAUUUGGAUCAAGUAAAAUUCAAAUUCAAUGAUAGACCACAAGUAUAUAAUGAUUUUUUGGACAUAAUGAAAGAAUUUAAAUCUCAAUCGAUCGAUACUCCCGGCGUUAUACAACGUGUUUCAAACCUUUUCAAAGGUCAUCCAGAAUUGAUUGUCGGAUUCAAUACAUUUUUACCUCCGGGUUAUAAGAUCGAAAUUCAUUCAAAUGAUCAGGUGAAUGUAUCGAUGCCAAAUUCAACCAAUGUUGUUUUGAUGUCAAAUACCCCAAUAACACCAUCGACGCAUCAACAACAAUCGAUAUCAGCUGCUACAACUCCUGUUGGUCAUGCAAUUGUUGCUUCAAGCCAAAAUAUUCAUCAGAUACCAAGCAAUUUAGUUAGAAGUCCUUCGAUAGCAUCUUCAAACCAAAGCCUCCAUCAUGGUGGCCCGCCCAGUCAUCAUCCACUUAAUACGUUUGUGAAUUCUGUUCCACCACGAAAUGAAACAACAAACUUGGCAUCAUUAUCAUCGACAACGGCCUUACCACAUUCAACAAGCCAGAAUGCUUCUUCAUUCAACCAAAAUCGUAUUGAAUCAUCGACAACAAGUCACAAUCAUCGAUCAUCAUCUGGACAUAUUGAUUCAAAUUCUCGCGGUCAAACUACGAACAUACAUCAUCAUCUAGCUAAUGCUGGACAACAAAAUGCCGGUAGUGUACCUGGAAGUGGACCGGUCGAAUUUAAUCAUGCUAUUAAUUAUGUCAAUAAGAUUAAAAAUCGUUUUCUUGAUCAGCCAGAAAUUUACAAACAAUUUUUAGACAUAUUACAAAGUUAUCAAAAAGAACAGGAUAAUUCUGGGCAAAAAAUUCUAACAGAAUCAGAAGUAUUUAGCAAAGUUUCUAAAUUGUUUGAGAAUCAACCUGAUUUAUUGCAAGAAUUCAGUCAAUUUUUGCCCGAUGCUCACAAUUCAAGCGGCAGCAGUACUGUUGGAGCUGUUGGUCCACAUACGUUACUUCAAAAUCAAGCUACAAACGCCACUUCUCAUCAUCAUCAACAUCAUCAUAUGAACAACAAUAAUAAUAAUAAUAAUAAUGUAAUUAAUUCUUCUGCAUCAUAUAGCAUUCAAAAUUCUGCGAAUCCGACAACAUCAUCAAUGAAUCAAUAUGGCCAACAUCAUCAAGCUAAUCUAGAACAUAGUAGCUCAAAUUAUACCCAUCAACCAUCCAGCCAAACAAUUCCUAUCAGUCACGAACAACAUAAUUCGAUGACAUCGAAAAAAACAAUUAGCGUAAUCAAUACCAAUUCUGUUCUUCCAAAUCGAACUUCAAUUGCGAAUACAAAUACACCGAAUGCUUUUCCAAACACGUUUCAUCGUACGCCUAAGCGCUCAAUAUCAAACAAUCAAAUCGAACAAUCGAAUUCCACACAUGUAACGUUUAAGCGUUCCAAAUUGGCACCAUUUCGUGAAUCAGCUACGUCUGAAGCUGGAAAAUAUAUGGGAGAUCUUGUUGAAUAUGCUUUCUUUGAUAAGUUACGAUUGGCAAUGAAUUCUCCAUACAAUUAUGAAACAUUCUUACGUUGUUUGAUUUUGUUCAACAAUGAAAUCGUAAAUCGUUCUGAGCUUGCCCAACUUGUUCAUCCAUUGUUUUCACAAUGUCCAGAUUUAUAUAAACGUUUCAAAGAAAUGUUAAACAUCAAAGAAGGAAGUUUAGCAAUGAAUUCUGUUAAUCUUCAGAACCAUAAUCUCUACUAUAAUUUGUACAAUAAUCCAUACAUGAAUAACUUGAGUAAUUCAUCAUAUCAUACGAAUUCGUAUGCUAACAGUAGUAUAGGCCAUUUGGAAGGUCUCAGUAAUCGCAUUGCAUCAUUUCGUGAUCGUCGAGAUAAUGAAUUUGCUGAGGUGGAUUUUGCUUCUUGUAAACGUUAUGGUGUAUCAUAUCGAACCAUACCAAAAUCCAGUGCUAAACAAGAAUGUUCUGGUCGUACACCACUUUGUCGUGAAGUAUUGAAUGAUACACUUGCAUCAUUUCCUUCAUGGUCUGAAGAUUCCACAUUUGUGUCAUCACGAAAAACUCAAUAUGAAGAAUAUGUUUAUCGUUGUGAAGAUGAACGAUAUGAACUUGAUCUCAUUAUCGAAACAAAUCUUUCGACCAUUAGAGUUUUAGAAUCCGUUCAAAGAAAAAUGGAAAUAAUGUCUCCCGAAGAAAAGAGUAAUUUCAAACUUGAUGAUACUCUGGGUGGUAGUUCGCAUGUUAUUCACAUAAAUUCUAUACGUCGAAUUUAUGGUGAAAAUUCUGUCAACGUCAUUGAAGGAAUCAAAAAUUCUCCUGCAAAUGUCAUACCAUUGGUUUUACGGCGUCUUAUAUCAAAAGAUGAAGAAUGGAGAGACGCACAAAAACAAUUUAAUCGAAAUUGGAGAGAACAAAAUGAAAAAUAUUAUUUAAAAUCAUUGGAUCAUCAAGGGAUCAGCUUCAAGCAGAAUGAUAUUAAAUUUUUACGAUCAAAAUCAUUGUUAACCGAAAUCGAAAAUAUUGCCGAAGAACGAAGUGACCAAAAUGAACAACAAUCUUCACAAAACGAACAAUGGUCAUCACAACAUUCAACUAGUAACGGUAACAUGAAUGAUACAUGUCAAUCAGAUGAUCGAAAAUCCGACACACUGCAAAUGCCACACAUGAUUUUUGUUUAUCCUGAUAAAUCAAUGAUAGAUGUCGCCUGUAAUCUAAUCAUUCAUCAUGUGAAGCGUCAAACUUCGAUACAUAAAGAAGAUAAGCGUAAAAUAAAGCAAUUAAUGAGGCAUUUUAUUCCAGACCUAUUUGCCACACCGCGUGGUGAAUUAUCCGAUGAUGAAAUUGAAGAUGAGCCUAAAAACGAAAAAACUAAAACUCUUCUUGAAAACAUCAAAUUGGAAAAAGACAGUGAUUUGAGCAAGAAUGAAAAAGUUGAAAUCAAACCACAGCCAAUGUUUAAUUCAAAUCCAGAUGAAGAGUAUUCAUUAUUUUUCGUCAACAAUUUUUGGUAUUUGUUUUUCCGGUUACAUAACAUUCUCUGUGAACGACUGAGCAAGAUGCAUAAACGUGCUCAACAGAUUGCCGCUGAAGAGGUUAAAGAAAAUCAAACUCGAAAUUCAUCGCCAUCGAUAUUACUUCGAUUACGAAAUAAUCUUAAUGUAAAAGUUGAAAAUUAUUUUGCCACUUUGGUUGAUAUGAUCAAACAAGUACUUGAUGGAAAUCUUGAUUCGACCCAAUAUGAAGAUAACCUGAGAGAAAUGUUUAGUAUUCAUGCAUACAUUGCCUUUACUUUGGACAAAGUUGUACAAAAUAUUGUCCGACAGUUUCAACAUAUCGUCGUUGAUGAUUGCAGUCAACAAUGUACAGAAUUAUAUCUUGAAGCUUGUAAAUCAGGAUCAGCUGGCGGAUUAUGUAUUACUGCUCAUCAACGAGCCGAAGCUGAGUAUUUAUAUCAGAAAAAUAUCGAACAAAUAAUUCCUGAUGAUAAUCGUUAUAAAAUUGUAAUAUAUAAAGGUGAAGGUAAAAUUACCAUUGAUUUAUUAGAAUCAAACGAUGACGAAGAUGAAGAUUCAACCAACGAUGGUGAUGAAGAUUCAAAUAUACCUCAAUCGUCGCGUACAUUACGAUCAACAACGAAAAACAUGUCUGCUAAAGAAAGAGAAAAAUGUUUAAUGAAUGAACAACAAAAAGUGAAUGAAUUGGUAGUGGAAAAAUUUCGUACAAAUCCACCUUUUUUGAAAAAAUAUGUCCGUAAACAUAAGGGAUCAUUUGAUCCUAUUACCCAAAUGAAUAGCGAUUCUAAUGAAGUUGAGCAACAAUCUCCGAAACCAAAUGAAGAAAGCAAUUCAACUAGCAACAGUUCUGAUAAGGAAACAAAUACUAAUCGUCCAAAUAGUACGAAUGAUGAGAAAAUGGCAAAUAAAAAUACGAUAUCGGACAGUAACCAAUCCACCAUUACCACCAGAGGUGAUGAUGAAAAUCAAUUGUCAACGACCAAUACUUCUACUAAUAAUGAUAAAGAUAAGACGAAAAAUACGACGGAAGCCAAUAAUGAAUGUGAAUUUGACAUACAUCGUUUCAAAUCAUUAAUAUUCGUUCAAAAUGAAACUGUACUAUACCGGAAAAAUAUCGAUAAACCAAGAAUGAGUCAUAAGAAGAUAUCACAAUCGAAAUUUAAACGAUUCAAUAAAUGGUAUUCAGAUUGGGUCGAUGCUAAUUGUACCGAAAGUAAUAAAUACAAAUAUGAAAAAUGGUUACUCGAACAGGACACGACUGAUUUCCGUUUAAAUCAAUCAGAUAACGAAGACAACGAUAAAACUAGUAAUGAUAAUAAUAAUAAUAAUAAUGAUGAUGAUAAAGCCAACUAUAACGAUAACGAUGAUCAAGAUCAAAAGCAACCUUUAAUAGAAAAAAAAUCAAAUAUUGAUAUAAAAUUGGAAAAAGAAGUGAGCAAUAAUGAUGUAAAUAAGCAAGCUAAAAAUGAUGAAAAUUUAAAAACGGAAAUAUCGGUUAAAAUUUCCGAACAAACGACAACAUCAUCAUCCAUUGAACAGCAACAACAAGCAUCGAUAACUACUACUAUGACCACAAUCAAUGUGAUUGAUUCAACAAAAAAAUCAUCCAAUGAAGAUUCAACCAACGGUACGAGAUCUGAAUCAAAUAAAGUGAUUCAAAAAGUCAAAUUUGAUUCUGAAUCAGUGAUACCAUAUCGUAUAUAUUAUAAAUAUCUAUUUAAAUCUUAAACAGAAUUUUAUUUCACUUCAACACAAUCAUUUAUGACAAAUUCAUGACGAAUUUUUUUUUUCAUCAAAACUUGAACCACGCAUAUUCUUUAAUAUAAAUUUUCAUCAUCAUCAUCAUCAUUUGAAUCGAAAAUAAAAUCAUUUUUUUUCCUCCA